ACAGAAGGCAAAUGUCAAUGUUUCAUUCAUAAUUUAUUGUUUCUUAUUAAUUGAGAAAAGAUUUCUUGACUUUAUCAAAGUUAUGUCCAUCGGAUAUACAAGAGUUUUAAAAAUUUAUCGUAGUGUUAAUAUAAGGGCGUUUUGCAGCGUUACUGUACCAAGUCGCCGUAGAGUUCGGUCUAAGAUGGAUAUGGAUCUGAUAUGUCGUGAAAAUCCUGUCGUCGUCAAGUUGGAGUCGGCAGAAUUCAAAAAUAUAUUUACCGAAGAGGUUAUGGAAUUGAAGAGAAUUUUUGAUAAGUACAAGUAUGAAAUUAGAGUUGCUGGCGGAGCGGUCAGAGAUCUCCUGAUGAAUCAGCCGCCGAAAGAUCUGGAUUUUGCCACAGUAGCGACCCCUCAGCAGAUGAAAGAUAUGUUUACAGUUGAAAACAUCCGGAUGAUCAAUAUGAGUGGGGAGAAACAUGGGACCAUCACACCAAGAAUCAAUGACAAAGAAAACUUUGAAGUAACUACAUUGAGAAUUGAUAUGGUCACAGAUGGAAGGCAUGCUGAAGUUGAGUUCACCACAGAUUGGAAGUUAGAUGCUAACAGGAGAGAUUUAACUAUAAACUCAAUGUUUUUAGGAUUUGAUGGCUCAGUCUAUGAUUACUUCUUUGGCUAUGAAGAUUUACAAAAAAGAAGAAUAGCAUUUGUAGGAGAUCCAGAUGUCAGGAUAAAAGAAGAUUUCCUUAGAAUUAUGAGAUAUUUCCGCUUCUAUGGAAGAAUAGCAGAAGAACCUGAGAACCAUGAAGAACAUACUUUGAAUGUUAUAAAGGAUAAUGCUAGUGGUUUACAACAAGUGUCUGGAGAAAGAAUUUGGACAGAGUUGAAGAAGACUCUACAAGGAAAUUUUGCUGGAAAUCUUUUGAAGAAAAUGUUAAGUGUAGACAUUGGAAAAUAUAUUGGAUUACCAUCUGAUCCAAACCUAGAAGAGCUAGAUAGGGUACUAAAAAGAGCUGAGCAUUUAAACCUGCAUCCAAUGAGCUACCUUGCAGCAUUGUUGAGAGAUAUGGAUGAUGUCACACUUCUGCAUAACAGGCUGAAGUUCUCAGGAUAUGACAGAGACAUGACAUAUUUCCUUGUGGAACAUAGAGGAGAUAAAGUAUCUUCUUCAAGACCCUUAUUGCCAUAUGAAAAGUUAGUAUUAAAUACAAAGAUAAAACAAAAAGAUGCCAUUGAGUAUGUGCGUGAAGUCCUUAAAUAUAGAGGAGAUGAGACACUUUUAGAACAAUUCAACAAAUGGUCAAUCCCAAGGUUUCCAGUUGGAGGGAAAGAUCUUAAAGAUAACGGUGUACCUCCUGGGAAAAUGUAUGGCCCAAUUAUAAGUAAACUAAAAGAUAUUUGGAUUGAAAAUGAAUAUAAACAAACAACAGAAGAUUUAGUAAAAUUUAUACCUAGUCUUAUAGAGGAGAGUAGAAAUAAAUAAUAAGUUUAAAUAAA